UUGAGUCACGUUGCCAUCACGCAGUCCGUCGACUGCACGAGGUCGCCGACAGGUGGGGCAGAAGGGACAGCACGAUCUGAACCCUCAUGCCCUGGUGGCCAACGGAGCGUGAGCUGGUCGGACAGCCUGUCAAUCACGCUUUGGGAUCAUGGGUUGGGUCGGGUCGGUCCCACCGACUAUAUUGGCUACUGGAAUGCCGGCUUCAAUUUAUACGCUAAGGAUGAUAAGCGGGAGCAUGGUGCUGACGAUCAAAUGCAAGGCAAUGAAAAUAACUAG